AUGAAAAUUCUGAUCAAGACAGCCAUCAGAGCAGCAGUCCUAAUGAAAGUAGCAAAAGAAGCAUACGCCACCGCGUACAAACCCAUCAUAACAGAUAAAUUCAACCUACUAGCACACAGUGACUGGAUGAAGGUCCCAUCUAACGUAUUAUUCAUCACAUACAAAAAAACCCCACUUUCUGUCGUCAAAUUACAGGAAAAAGACGUAAAUGCAAUGUUACAGCAAGAAUCAACAGAGAAAUUGUCCUUAGAGGCACCAGGAAGGUCAAAUAUAAAGUACGGCCAGAACGUAAAGUCAUUUAAGGCAAGAAUCUGGAAUAUUUUCCAAAAAGAAGCAGAACAUAAGACAGAACCACAGGAAUUAGCAGAAUUACUGCAUGAAGUAGACCAAGAGCAACACAAUACGCAUAUAGAUAGACUAAUUAGUCAUAAGAUAUCUAGUAAUGUACACCCACACUAUAAAGAAUACUUAUUAUCAAAGCACUCUGUUGUAGUUAGUGGUAAACCCGUUGAAAUUGUGACUAAUAUUAAUAAUUCAGUAAAAACCGUUGGUGAUUUAAUUAAAAUUGAUUUAAUUAAAAAUGAAAACAACAACAUUGAACCUGAAAAUAUUAUCAACCCAAUUGAGAAUAUAGUGAAGACAGGUGACAAUAUGGUAAAAUCAGUUGAUAAUGUGGUAAAUGUGACUAAUAUUGAUAAUGUAGUAAAAUCAGGUGAAAAAUCAGUUAAUAAUCAAAAUAACAAUAUUGAACCUGAAAAUAACGAAAAUCAACCAGAAAUAAUCCGUAAUUACAUCUGGGUAGAACAAGAUGCAAAUGGAACAGUACAAACUACAUUAGUAUCAGAACAAGAAUACAAAUUACUCUCACAGACUUACACUGUAAAACAACAAGAAAAACAAGUAGUAUACACUAAUAUAUACAGAUUAAUCAUAUCUAUAUACAGAAUACUACAGUCAUUCAUAAUACUCCCAAUAGUACAGUUAAUUUACACUGUAUUAUCACAUAAAUUAUCACUAUAUAAUACAUCACUAACAGAGUCUACUAUACUAAAUAUACCAAUUAUAUCUGUAGUACUACCUGUUAUAUCUGUACUACUAUACAGUACACCUGUAUCUAGAUAUAUUAAGGGUACAUUACUCUGUAUACUGGCUGUACUAAGUGCACACCAAGUGAAAUACGUUAUAACUAAUGGAUCAUACAGUAAUCAAGUACUAAUUAACUGGCCUGUCAUAUACACUGUACUAUAUAUACUAUCUGUAUACAGUAUAUCAUACGGUAAGAGAACAGAACAUGAGAAAAUGUUCCCUAGUAGUACUAAGAAUAGGUCUAUUAGGACUAGUGUAUACGGGUCCUGUAUAAGUAUACUUUUAAUUGUAUUUGUAUCUUUAUUAGUGCCUUAUAAUAAGUAUACAACAGGAUACAUUACAAGAAUAUUGUACGUAGUAGAUGCCCGUAUACUAGUGCAUAUUGUGCAGGCCUGCAUAAUUACACUUGCAUACAGUGCAUCUGUUGUAUUAAUGGAGAGAAUAUUUAGUCUGGAAAGUAUACAGGUAGUCAGUGCACUAGGGGGUGCAGUAUUACUGUGCUGUGGUAUUAGCCUGGGGUACACAGGAAUAUUCAGUGAAAUGUGUGCACUUGCCUUGGUCUUUGUUGGAUUCAGCAUGGCAUACAGUCAGGCUGUGCGUAUUCUGCCCAGGGACUCAGUUGUAAGACGGCACAGGAAGACAGUUGCUGGGGUUAUACUCGGGGUGGCUGUUAAUGUCAUUCUGGCCCUUGGGGUUUACGUUGUAUUAGUGCGUGUCCUGGGGGAGAAGCAGCUUGUUGACUUCGUACGGUCCUUUAUUGGGCAGGUGCACGGUCUUGUUGGGCGUGUGAGUGGGUCAUUCCUGGGGAAGGCCUACAGCCAGGUCCGUGAGGUGGCUGUGUCUGCUGCAUCCACUGUGAGCAACGGUCUCUCAAGGGCAGCACAGAACUGCUCAGCCUUCGUGCAGUCACUCUUUGCGAGGACAAAAAGCAUCAGGGUAUAA